AUGUACGGAUUUCUCCUUAUUUGCCUCGUUGCUGCCGCAGCGGCGGAUAAUUUGGGAUACAAUUACCAACCACUUGGACACGAUGCUCCGACUGGAGGAAUCCUUCUCGGCGAUGCUAUCACAAACGGAGCCAACAGCUACUCCGGUGGAGUUGCCACUACAACUGACGGUGGAUUUAGCGGAUUCACUGGCGUUAAUGAUGCCGGAAACUUCGCUCACAGCGGUAGUGGAACAGGAUUAGGUCCACAAUCUGGACACAUCGAAUACAACAAAGAAUUCUAUACUUACGCUGCGCCCCAGCACGAGUUCGACGAUAAUGUCGGCGCUGAACAAUUCAGUGGAUCGCUAAAGAAGCAAUUGCGUGUGGUCUUCAUUAAGGCGCCAGAAAAUCAAGGUCUCAGCAAUGCCGUACUGCAGUUAGCUCAACAGUCUGCCGAGCAGCGAACUGCUAUUUAUGUGCUUAGCAAACAGCCCGACGUCUCUGAAUUGGCCAACAAGUUGCAGGCGCUAAAGGGUGGCAGCACGAAUGCACCAGAAGUGCAUUUCGUUAAGUAUCGUACGCCCGAAGAUGCGGCGCAUGCACAGCACGCCAUUCAAUCGCAAUACGAGUCCCUGGGCGGUCAAUCGCAACACUCAAAUGAAAGUGUGGCACCGGUUUUGGACUUCGCUUCGCCUGCGGUAGUGCCUUUAGCGCAGAGUCAAGGCGAUGCUGGGACUGGCGUAGGAUAUCUGCCACCGAAUUAG